AUGUCAAGCGCUCAGGGCUCUCCAUCGCACAGCGAAAUUGAUCGAAGUGGGAACAGCCAUGAGUAUUCAGGGUCCACGAAAGCAGCCCACAUCCACAUUUUCAAGUCAAGUCCAAAGGGGACGAGAGAGUUCGCAAGAACGGAUGUCUCACCACCGCGUGGAAUGUCUCGUCCUGCGGUAGCGGAGGCCAAUAAGCUACUACAACUGCUCAAGUCGAAAACCGUGAAAAGUGAAGCAUCGCCAAAAGAGCCAGAAAGACGUCCAAUAACUGUAAAUACUGAUCCUGUGCCGGGAGACCCUUCAAGACAGCCGAAAGGGAUCGAAAAGGUCGAGUCUACCGGGAGUUUUCAUGAUCGAGUUUCUAGAUGGGUUUUACUUCCUGCGUCGUCCAAAACGCCCAAGAGCUCGCCUAAGGAGCCACCCCUACCUACGCAACUUCCAGCUGAUACGCCAGCAUCGGUCAGUCAUACUGCUCAGACGAGUAGGAAUUUCAAUUUGGCUGCUAUGAAGGGAUCCUCUUCUCCAAGACGAUCAACGGCACCACAUACUGGUUUCGACCAGCCAACCACAAUGGUCACUCCGGUGGCCAGCCGCUCUGCACCAACAAAUAAUACCAACACACCAUCCUCUGAGAUUCAUCGAAAUCCUUCUACAGGGCCAAUAGUGCAAGAAAUGAUACGGCUUUCCCCACAGCUUCAUGCAGUCUCAAAAUCUCCUCCACAGGCUUCAAAAAAUUCGUUGCAUGCAAGUCCUGUUGAACAGGUUACCAAAUUGUAUUCUUCCUCUGAAACACUGCCUCUUGGUGACUGCACAACCGCGAAACGCGGGAUCGAGGCCGAGCAAAGAUCACAGCGCGAUGAGACGUCACUCACAUCCGGUUGUCGUACGCCCGAAAAUCAAAUGGCGCUUUCACCAAGGCGCCACGACUUAGUCGCUUUACCGAAGCCCGCAGCGCCAUUUUCUGAAGGGACAGCGAAAUCUAAAGCACCAGAAGCGCCUGUAACAUCAAGAUCGACAGAACCUGAAACAUAUAAAGAGGAUCCCAAGCUCACAACAGAAGCGCAGAAGCCAGCUUCACAACAAAACGUAGCUCAAAUUCGUUCAGAGAACACCGAAAAUUUUGGAAAUGGGCUUGGUGAGGCCGUUAUGACCGAAAAUACUCACAAUCCCUCUGGAGAGCAGAAAAGCCCAAAAAGCACAGUGGAACUUGUACAAGGUACAAAUGGGACGUGGGAACCGAGACCAGCACAUGGUCUUUUAAUGAGAGAUCCACAAACGGGCAGUGCGUUCAUCCAACCGCAUGUGCCAGCGCCUCAAGCACAAAAUUUCGCUCUAAAUGUGAGAAAACUGCCAGAAGCGGGCGUCCGACAGGGGCGGGACUUGACAAUUACGGAGGAACAAACUUUGGUCCGGAAUCAGUUGGCUGCCUCCUCCACUUCAAAGCCAAGACGACAAGUAAACUUGCCUACAUCUAGUGCAGUUAGAUACCACCCGCAGGUGGAUGCCGUGGCUAACACAGUUUUUUCCAAAAAAACCGCUGCAAGCUCACAGCCAAUUCCAGUCCGUCCCUCAGAUCUCGGAGAUCAGUUUCUGGUUGGUGACAAGAGCGAAUUGUUCGAAGCACUACAUCCCAAAGCCACAGCAUUUUCGCGCACUGGUGCCGCUUCAAGCCAAAAUCAGAAAUCAGCAUCCAGCGGGAGCACUAGUCCUUCCUGGUCACUAUGGAAAUCGUCCCCACAAGGUUCGAUUGUCAUGGAGAGCAGAAAAAAGGCAGAUAAUCGCGUGUCAGUGACAAACGACACUUCUGGAGGUUCUUCUAUUGUGACUGUUUCGUCACUGCCUCCAAAUGGACAAGACAAACUGUACAAGCUCAAUGAGCUCUCCUCAGAUCACCAUUCAGCCCACAUUCCAGCAAAUAGGACACACUAUUUCUCCAGUUCACAAACCGCUCCGAAAUAUGCUAAUAUGCCAAGCGCAGCUGUCCCAGCUCGCCCAUAUAGUUCACCAAUUAUUCAAAGUGUGCCGCUCAAUGGGGGUGUGCUCACUGGUGGCUCACAGGAAGCCGGGCUACAUGGGACCAGUUCGCAAUGGCAGCAGCAAGAAUCGCUUUUUAGACCUAACUCAGCCGGCUAUUCACAUGCGCUACCAAAUAUAGGAAACAGUACAAAAGCACCAGGCCAAGAAACUAACGGAAAAGACAAACAUUUUUCUGGUCAUGAUGAGACCGCCUCAACAAACUCACACGCCACCCAGAGCUUGCCGUCGAUUCCACCUGGCGACAGGUUGUCCGUAGCUAAGUCGAUGAGCGGCGCUUCGAAUCACGUCAAUCCAAAUGAUCAAGUUGCUCUGAUAAUAGAUCAAGCAACCAGCGAUGAAGACAACAACACAUCUGGACAGGUUGAAGGAGGUUCAACAGGCUUACCAAUUGCUCAGCCUAUAUCAUCUCCCAGGAGCUCUGACACCACCAAGACAUCGACUAGCACGAUGAAACAGGCUCCUCUCAGUCAUUCAAAUGACCAGGCGAAUUCGGAAAGUGCUCGUAGCCCAUUAAAAAGUUCUCCGCCAGAGGGAAAGAGACUUAGUAGCGAUCUCUCUAUUGAUGAGAGACCGCGUAAGAAAAGUUUGAUUUCUCAGAUAGCAGAAAAGCAAAAUGCAAAAGGCGAAGAAAGCGUUGAUCUUCGAGAUUCCGUCAACAAUUCAAAACUCCUGAAAAGCGCCAACCCAUCACCUUCAUCAGACCGUUCGCACACCGUUAACUCUGAGGUGUCUUCUUCAAAACAGUAUCCCGUGUCUGCUAGGACCAAUCGCUACUAUCGGAGUAGUCCGAGGUCUCAAGAAUCAGUGAAGGACUCAAAAGUUAAGCUCAGGUCUGUCAAGGAUGUGCCAUCAAUAAACUCCCCGGUGCCUGAUAUGAAAAGGCUCAAAGAGGUAGUUAUUGGAACGGCUUUACCUGAUAGGAAAGAGUCGCGGGCGACUGAAGGAUUGUUUUUAAAUCAACCGUUUGCAGAAAACGAUGAAGCCAUUGCUCCCCUUUUACAAAGAGCGUCAGGGCCCGAAAUAGCAAAUGUAUCAAGCGGCGAUUCGGGUGGUAAUUCAUCGGACAUUUCGGAGCCCUUGACAAAGGCGGUAGUCAGAAAUGCCCUUAAAAGCAAACAUGAAGAAUUCAAAGUGAAAGCUGGCGACUCGGUUUCCGGGAAGUUAUUCUUUGAAUCGCCCACAUCAGAUUCGAAUAAGGAUCCGUUACUAAAAUCAAUUGAGCGGAGUGUAGAUGCAGCUUCCUUGGAUGCUAAUGCAACAAUUCCAUCAGGUACUUUAACGUACCCGACGAACGCUGACGAAGAUCGCAAGAAGAUUGAGCGCUUGGUUGCUCGUCAAAUAGCUGGGGAAAUAGCUACAAUGAAAGGUUUGAAUAAAAUGAUGCUUGUCAAGUUGAUUCUAUCCGGCGUUAUCCGAUGCUCUCCUUUGAAAUCUGGCCGUCUCGUAACAAGCAGUAAUGACAUUUGCAAUCGCACAAAUUAUGAAGAAACAUCUGCUCUAUACCUCCAACACUUGCCAAAAAGAGCUAGGUUGGAAAUAGUUGCUUUUGAUAGAGCCCAGAUUCCUAUACUUGAAAAAGAAGCGACUAUGCUCGACAAGUCGACGGAGGAAAGUUUCAAGAAUGGCUUGCGUGAUGCGUGCUUCUUCUUUGAAAGAGGCCCAGUAGACCAUACGGACCUGAACAAAGAGAAGGUGGUCAAUGAGCGAGUAAUGAAACUGAAAGAUCUUCUUUCACAAUUUGGGUGCGUCACGUCUGAUACCAAGUCUCCUUAUGUCAACGUUAUAGUGCUCGCCAACGACUUUACUGAUCGUGUCAAUUAUGGUGGGAGCUUGGGCUCCUCACAUUCACAAGUAUGGAGCUACGAUUACGCGGUGCGACUUUUUGCCCUUUUGACAAGUAGUGGUAAUUCCCCAACUGACAGGGGAGGCCUAUCAGGCAAAGUGAUAUCUCCUGUUUUCACGUCGACGGAAGGAUCGGAAAAUCGCAGUAAAAGCAGAAAGAUCCAAACCGAAUCAUCGGCCAAAGUAACCAGCUCGAAGUACGUUAAAUCGAAUCCGAAAAGCGCGCUGAAAGGUAGUCAUAGAGCACCUGUUCUCGAGGCAAGAUUUCCAGAUAGCGACGAUGAAUUGAUUGUGGAAAGAGCUUCAAGUGUAGCUGCAAAUACGUUUGGCCUCGUUGACCAAGGCCCUCAUAUCUCCAAGGACUUAAGGUUACGAACCUUAGCAAGUGAAGUUAUUGAAGACCAGUUUAAACUUGCGUCAUUGCAAGGUCAGUUGUCGACCAAAGAUAAGGAGAUUGCUCAUCUGACAUCAAGACUGAAGAACGAGCAAUUCCGAGUGGAGCAGUGGCAGCAUAUGUUAGAUAUGAUUUCGGAGGCACAAGACGGCCAAAAUAGACCACAGGCUCGGGGACAACCGAAUACGGAACCUCAGAAUGGAAUUUUAGACGAAAGUGUUGUCGAGAACAUUCAUGUGAUAAAAAAUGCACUCCACUCAAGGCCUGCGUCAAUGCCCGGUCUGGGGGAAAUAUCCGUGGCUGCAAAAAGUUCACCACUUAGUUCCUCGAGCUCUACGCAUCCAGUCCCCACAAAGCAAAAUGAUCAUGUCAGUAAAAGCGAGCGAACGGGACUACGUGCGGCCACAGACCAAUCACCACAAUCUCCACAAAGCGAUGAACUUCUCCUCACACGUUUUGUCAAUGUUUCGAAGGAGUUGGCAACAAGUAUGGCAUCAGAACAAGAGCUGAGAAAGCUUGUCAAUGACCUUAAGAACGAACGCACAACCUUAGAGAAUUCGCUGACAACGAAAAUACAGCAAAUGGAAAACGAUAAAAAAGAAGCUGACAAGGAACUUGCUGCAUCCCAACAAGUAAUUAAUGUGCAGCGGCAGACGAUCGCAUUUUUGAAAGAACAAGUGAAGAGGGAGAGACAAGAAAGAAAGGCGAUAGGUGCUAGUCUUCAGGCCUUAAUUUCUCACCAGGAUGCUGGUGAGGAGGAGCCUGGUUGA